AUAUUCCUCUGAUGAAGAACUCACGUUUUGAUAUAAAUGUAAAUACUUUUUAAUGAUGUGAACGUACUCUGAGGGGCUUCUGAGGAAACAUAAAAUAAGCGGGUAAUAGAAAAAUGUUCCACUACCUGACAGGAGGUCCUCGAUAGACUUGUCUGGAUCGGAAGGGACUCGGAACACGGAACCUCGGGAGAGCUCGGUUUUGUACCCAGGACUAUUUUCGGAGUUAUUCGGAGUAUGCGCGUUGUUGUGGAGCGCUUACUUCGAAAAUGUGCGCCAUGUGUGAGUUUUUAAGAAGACAGAAACUGCGAACUUAGUGCACAUUUGAAUCAUAAAUCUGCUUUGAUCAUGUCCGUGGCAGUGGGUACAAGCUCUGUGGGUUCACUGGUUACUCCUGAAGUGCUGGAAAAUGCUGCCAAGGAGAUAGAUCGCCAGCUAGCAGCUGACAGACAGUUUCCUGAGCUCUCAGAACAGAUCAACGCUUCCCAAACCCUUACAACAUUCAGUGGAAUAAAUGACUAUGAUUAUCCCUCAUUAUCAUCUCCAUCUGUUGGCUUGGCUGGUAUGGAGCUGGUCAGUCUCCUUAAAAGGGUUCCACUUCCAGCAGAGUUGGUUGAACAGUUUAAUUACAUGCAGUGUAACUGUAUGAUGGGACUUUUCCCUGAAAUCAGAAGGGCGUGGCUUACCAUUGAUAGUAAUAUUUAUGUGUGGAAUUAUGAAGAUGGGAGUGACUCAGCUUAUUUUGAUGGUUUGGAUGAAACUAUUCUGUGUGUAGGAUUAGUAAAAGCCAAGCCAGAGAUCUUUAAAGAUGAAGUUAAAUAUAUUCUGUGCCUCACAACACCAAUUGAUAUUGUGCUGCUCGCUGUAGCAUUCACAUCAAAGAGACUAGGAAGCUUGGGCCAUGAUGACCUUGCCGAGAUGCACCUUCACCCCAAUCCAGUGUUUUCUAUCCCAUCUGAUAACAUCUACAUGACAUGUAUGACUGGGACACAGUCAGGAAGAAUCUUCCUUGGUGGAAAGGAUGGCUGUGUGUACGAAGUAGCUUAUCAGUCAGCUGACAGCUGGUUUCCAUGGAGGAACUGUCGGAAAGUGAACCACUCGUCAGGAGCCUUGUCUUUCCUUGUGCCAUCAUUUCUAAGUACUACUUUCAGUGGUGAAGAUUCCAUAGUCCAGCUGGCAGUUGAUAAUACAAGAAACACUCUUUACUCUCGCUCAGAAAAAGGAACUAUUCAGGUGUUUGAUCUUGGUGCAGAUGGAAAUGGAAUGUCACAUGUGGCAUCGCUGACUCAAGACAGAAUCACUCACAGAGCUGAAUCAGUUGCUAGAACAACAAUUGGUCACAAUCAGUUCCGUCCUAUUGUUCACAUUGCACCAAUACCAAGGCAGGAAUCAAAAACUGUCCAUCUGGUUGCAAUCACACACACUGGUGUGCGACUUUACUUCACUACAACAACUGUCAGAGCUCCACUAGAGAGACCAAGUAAACUACAGCUUGUUCAUGUAAGACUGCCACCAGGAUAUGCACCAUCAGCAACCUCACAGAGGCCUUCCCAAGUUCAUGCAGCCUUCUACAGACAAGGCAUCUCAUUGAUGGCUGCAUCUCAAACUGAAGAGACUGAUGUUCUUUGGGGAAUCAGCCCUGAUCCAUUUCCUUUUCAAUCACCGCUCAAAGAAAUGCAGGUGACAGUACCAAUGGAUGGGAGAACAUGGUCUUUGAGUGAAGUACCUGAAUUUGGAAGUAAUAUGAUCUGCAGCCGUCCUAUAAUCUGUGAUCAAUGGCUGGAGCCACCCGCAGUUGUCAGGCAACAUGCUUCCUGUCAGAGAUCUUUUGUUGCUCUCAGUUCUCAGGGUAGUUACCUGUUUACAACUUAUCGCCCAGUGGAACAACUUCAACAAUUAUUUAUACAGAGUCAGGGAUUUGACUCUGACUCAGUGCGAGCUUUUUUCAAGCUAUAUAAGGAAGACCAGGCAUGUGCAACAUGUCUUGUUUUGGCUUGCUCUGCACAGACAUCCCAACAGCAGAUUGCAGAGUGGGCCACAAGAGCUUUUUUCAAAUAUGGAGAGUCAGUGUCCCACCACCCCUCACCUGCAGGUACGGGAGUCCACCCCACUGAGACGGGUACCGGUCUCGGAGGUAGCUACAUAGCCUCCCCAGGUAGGCCUGGCUAUGGAAGUCCUGGUUUUGUGACGUCGACACCUCAGUAUGGUAGCAUGGGGCAAGCGGUUGUGAGAGCUGAAGUGACAAGAUCCAGUAAACAUGACGGGUUGUGCCUUUACUUUGCAAGAAUACUAGAAACUAUCUGGGAUGCAAGAUUAGUGUUUGAAGAUUUCUUAAUGCCUCUUCCAUCAGAACCACAACAGCCAACUCCAGUGUUAAGGAGUGUACAUAAUGUUGAGCAGCUUGGAUGGGUCUUAGAAAAAUUGCGACAGCUUCAAAUGUGGAUGGAACAAAAUCUGCGGUUUAUGCUUCCUAACCUGGAAGGAGGUUUCCCCAGAGUUCCAGUGGCUGGUGCACAGUCACUUCUCCAACAAACACAUCAAGCAUCAGCUGAAGCACUUCAUGCAGAAAAAACCUUUGUCAUUAACUUCAAGUCCCUGAUAGACUGGUCUUUGGAGACACUGUGCUUGUGGCAAGUUCUUAAUGAGCACAAUGUUGAGGAUGUGAUAUUUCACCUUGACACGGUGAUAAGAGAACGUCUGAAACACAUCAAAUUUAGAGACCUAGUAACUACUGGGCAAGAGAUUUGCAGCUCUCUUAUUUCAGCAUUAAUGAACUGCUAUCUAGAUGACAGUGCUUCUACUGAUGCCAUUAGCGAGAGAUUGCGGGAUCUCUGUCCAAGUUUAUUCAGUAAUGAUGAUGCUGUGUCCACAAAGGCAGGUGAACUUCUAAUGCUGGCCAAAAGAAGUAGAGACAAAAUGGAACAAGAAAGCAUUCUCAAAGAUGCACUUCAGUGUUAUCGACAAGUGACUCAUCAAAUCAAUCUAGAAGUGAUAUGCUCUUUGUUUGAAUCAGUGAGAUUCUAUGAGGGCAUGGUGGAGUUGUCUUUAUAUGCUGCCCUCAAGCGGGACCCCCAGGGGCUAGCUUUGCACUUUUAUAGGAACGGUGAGCCACGUGGUGAUGUGCAAGGAGAGGAAGCCUUUAUUGCCAGACAACAGUGUUACAAGUGUGUUCUCGACAGUUUACAGCGCCUUCUGGUGAUGAAAACAGCUCCUUCCCAGUCUCCUGGUCGACCAACACAGCCAGGACCUCCACCCACCCCAGACCCCAAUGCAAUGACUCCACUUGAUGCUGACAAGCUGAUGGAAGAAGUUUUGUCAUAUUCACUGUCAUAUGGAGAUGAAUUGUGGCAUGUUGUGUUGUAUCAGUGGUUAAUUGACAAUGCACUCACUGAUAGACUACUUGAGGUCAAAUCUCCACACCUGGAGGCAUUUCUCAAGAGAUCAUCAACACAACAGCAGCCAGGAGAAUUGAAGAUCUUGGACUUGCUGUGGAAAUAUUAUGAGAAGACAAAGAACUACUCUGCAGCUGCUAGAGUUCUCUCUAAACUGUCUGAGAAAGAGAGCCCAGACGUGACCCUUGAAUCAAGAUUAGAGUACCUGGCUCGUGCUAUUAUGAGUGCUAAGAGUUGUAACCUGAGGACUGCUGGUAGCGGCGAGGGAGAAUUCUUGCACGAAUUGGAAGAGAAGCUGGAAGUGGCACGCAUCCAGAUGCAGGUUUAUCAAGCUCUGGUCAAUUUAAGGGCUGUUAAUCCAUCAAGGCGCGUUGCUCAAGCUUUGGCAGCUUUGGAUUCGCGACUCUUGGAUGUAACUACACUGUAUGGAGAUUUUGCUGACGAGUUCGGGUUGUCUGAGUGCAAACUGGCCAUUGUUCAUUGUGCUGGACAUUAUGAUCCCAUCCUGAUUGAAACUUUGUGGAGAGACAUCAUCGAGGCUGAGCUCCAUGACUCCCUUCAGAGUUCACCAAGUGAUCGAAUGGCAGUGGUUAGUAAGAAGAUCGGUUAUCUCGGAAAGGUGUAUGUUCACUCUGAACGAUACUUUCCAUUGGGCGCUAUAAUCCUUAUGCUGGAAAAGAAGAGUGCCGAGCUUACUUGGGAUCCAACCUGGGUUUUCAUGACCUUGUUGGAGAUAGGAAUUCCGUUUCCAGUGUUGCAUGGCAUUUAUGAUAGACUCUUCAAGGCUAAGGAUCCGUGUUGGCGAACGCUUAACAAGCCUCUUCACAUCCUUCAAGUCAUUUAUCACUUGUUGUCGAAGUUUGUAGACACGCCCUCCCUUUCUCCGCCACACGAGAGACCUUCGAUUGCAAUUUCAUUGUACGACGCAUCUGCGACGUACCUUGUGGAAUUGCACUCUAGUGUCUCACGUGACCCAGCUGUGCAAGCUACGCUGGCCAAAUUCCAAGGAUUGCAGGCUUCCCUUAAACGCCUUCUGUGAAAAGAUGACUUGGAUGACGUCACUCCAGUCUCCUUGAUAUUCUAUCAGAUUUGGACAAAUCUUAUUUUCAGAACUAACUUAGUUCUGGAAACAAGAAACACCCAACCGUAAAACAAGGCAGCCUUUUGUGGUACAGUAUCACAGUAAAAAGAGAGUCCAUGCUCGUUUAUAAACCUUACUAUGAAAAAAAGAGAAUUCUCUCCUGACGCUUAAAAUGUAGAUCUUUUUUUAAUGAACAGCAUAUUGUAAAUAAAGUUAGGAAAACCCUUGUUAUUAA